AUGCUUUUUCGUACUAUAGUUAACAAUGGAGUCGUGUGUAGCAGAAGGCGCCACCACGCCGGGUUCCCUCUGUCUUCUCUGCUCGAGUGCUACCAGUGUGCGCGGCAGGAUGAGCACAUCUCCUUUGGCAGCAUGGGCACUGCGGUGCCUCCCUUCGUCUGCAGCUUCUCCACCGGUGAGACUCUCCCCUCCCCUCCCUCGGGAGCCGGUGUUCUGGCUGUGUCCAAUGAAGAAGGGAUCGUCAGGAUAUAUGACACCGACAAGCAGAAGAACCAGGUUUUAAAAGAAUGGAUGGCCCAUGAUAAUGCGGUGUUCGAUAUCGCCUGGGUACCAGGAGAGCCCAAACUGGUUACUGCUUCCGGGGAUCAGAUGGCUAAGCUUUGGGAUGUGAACGCAGGAGAGAUGCUGGGCAUCUUCAAGGGACACCAGUGCAGCCUGAAGUCGGUGGCCUUUACAAGGCAGGAGAAAGCUGUGUUUUGCACUGGUGGUCGUGACGGGAACAUCAUGAUUUGGGAUACAAGAUGUAGUAAAAAAGAUGGCUAUUACAGGCAAGUGAAGCAGAUCAGCGGCGCCCACAACAAGGUGGAUCGACACACGCCCUCCAAGACGAAGAGGAGGAGGCUGCCCAUCAGGGGAAUGGCACCUUCGGUGGAUUCUCAGCAGAGUGUCACCGUGGUUCUGUUCCGUGACGGAAACACCCUCAUCUCCUCGGGCGCGGUGGAUGGAACAAUUAAGAUGUGGGACCUUCGAAAGAACUACACGGCUCACCUCCACGACCCAGUGCCUCUGCAGAUGUAUCUGUACCCGGGUUCCAGCACACGCAAGCUAGGUUAUUCUGGACUCACAUUGGACUCCACUGGCUCCAGUUUGUUUUCAAACUGCACCGACGACAACAUCUACAUGUUCAAUUUAACUGGACUCAGAACAGCUCCAGUGGCAGUCUUCAGCGGUCACCUGAAUUCAUCUUUUUAUGUCAAGUCGUCUGUGAGUCCGGACAACCAGUUCUUGGCUAGUGGCUCCAGUGACCACGACGCUUAUAUAUGGAAGAUUUCCGAUCCAAAAAGUCCUCCCGUGAUGCUCCAGGGCCACAGCCAGGAAGUGACCUCCGUGGCCUGGUGUCCCACAGAUUUCACCAAGAUCGCUUCCUGUUCGGAUGACAACACUGUCCGGAUCUGGCGCCUGAACCGCAGACCAGGCGGAACGAAGCCCUCCGCUGGGGAGACGAACCUCGUGGGCUGGGCGUGCCCAAAACCGGCUCUUGAAGCUCAGCGCUCCAGCCCUCUCCGGACCUCUGAGCUCAGCCCAUCCAAGAGCCCGAGAGCCACGAGCCUGGGCCUGAUGUUGUCCCCGCAAGCUGCGUCCUGUGCCCCCAGUGGUGCUGAGCUCCCCUUGCCCUCCACCACGUCGACCACCUUCUCAUCGCCCAGCAGCAAAACUCGUCCAGCAUCUGGCAGCCCAAGACAACGACUGACUUCUUCCUCUAUCCGGGAUUGGAUUACGCGUACCCCUGGAUCCCCGGAAGCGAGGAGUCCCAGGUCUCAUGGUGCCUCCCCUCUGAAGGAGAUCCCCAGGCCAAGCUCACAGAGCUGUAGCCAGGCAGCAGCCCCCACGCUGUCGCAGGGGCGGGCGAAGCGCAGACUGGAGACCGUUGCAGAGGGGAAGCCGGAUUGCCCAGAGGACAGUGAAUGUGACAUGGAGCUGGCACCCCCUGUCAAGAGGGAAAGGGGCCUGAGCAGUGGGUGUCGUCACAUCCCGGAAGAGCAGGAGCACUGGAAGGAAGGCGAGGCGCAAAUGACUGAGGAGAAUGAGAUUCCCACUUCCUCUAGACAGACUAAUAAGGAGAACAGUGUCCCAGGAGGUGCAGACUGGCUGUCAGCUUUGGGCCAAAAGCUCAGAAGUGGGUCUGUGAGCCCCUCGCACUCCAGGACUACCACUGGUGCUUCUAAGAAACAGGCACAGUCCUCUCCACGCUCCAUGAAGAAGAUCUCCUCAUACUUCCAGAAAAAUGCUCCAGAGUGA